AUGGGGAAAACUGCAGCCAGGAAGACGGUUGCAGCAAAGGCAGAACAACUACGAAUAAUUAACAGUGUACAUGAAGACUUGAAAGUGACUGCUGCACAGUACGAAGAGACAAUUCAUGAGCUGGAGUCAAAAUUCCGCCAAAGACAGAAUAAGCAGGACCAGGCUAAAGAUAAGAUGACAAGGCUUGAACAGACAAUUAAACAACUUGAGGAUGAGAGAGCCCGACUGCAGGAACAUUGCCAUGAAUUGGUUGAAGAAAAUGGACAGCUUCAUGUACAGCUGGAGAUGGAAAAUUUAGCUGUGCAAACUGAGCAGAAUGUGAUGUCAACAGAGUUACGUAGGAAAGAAGGAUUGAUUCAUAAGCUGAAAAAUGAAAGGAUUGUCAUGCAGGACAAAGCUAAUGCGACUGAAGAAACAGUUUUUCAAUUUGAGAUGCAGAUGGAGCAUCUAAGACAACAGCUUAAAGCAUCAGAGAUGGAGAGAGAGAACAGUGAUAAGGCAAUCCAGAACUUGGAGAGACAGCUGCAAGAAUAUAGAGCACUCCAUCACGAAUCCACAAAGGAGGUGCAUCAGUGUGAAGAUACAAUCAGACAGUUGAAUGCAGAACUCUUAUCUAUUCACAAUACCCAGGAUUCAGUUGAAAAGAGAUCAGCACAAAAGGAGGAGACGAUAUACCAGCUGCAAGAUGAGAUUCAGACUCUACAACGUGAAGUCUUAGAGCUCCAGAGCAAGCUGUUGCGCAAAGAAGAUAAUCUGGAAAAAGUGAAGAAAGAGCUUGAAGCUGCAACAGAAGAAUCAAUCCAACGGGCACUUCAACUCUCCAACAUUACUGUGGAAAAGCAGAAGCUGGACAUAGACUUGACCGUACUAAGUGAGAAACACAUAGUCUCUCAACAAGAGAUUCACAGCAGGGAUCAAACUAUUCUGAAGCUGAAAUCAGAAUUAAAAACUGCAGAAGAAAACUUGAGAAAUGCAAAGGAGGAACUCACACUCCAGGAAGCAGAAGCAGCUAAUUUGAAGACAAAGGUAAAAAUGCUACAGGCUGAAGAACAGAGUUUACGAGAAGCCUGCAGAGAACAUGAUAAGAAAAUGAGUCAGCAGGAGAAGGCUAUACAGGACCUGCAGCAUGAGAAGGACAUCAGUAACCAGCAGAACCAGAGUCAGGAGAAAUCCAUUAAUCAGCUUCAGAAGGAACUGGAGGUUGUCAAGCAUGCACAUGAAUGUGAUGUGGAUCAUUUUAAUCAUGAAUCUGCUCGAUUACGGAAAGAACUCAACUCAUCUUCAAAGGAAUUACAACAGAAGAUGACCAAACUGCAACAGUACAAGUCCACAGUUGACAGGCUGAAUUCUGACUUACAGCAUGCACAUGAGCAACACCAAGAAGUGCUCCAUGAACAUGAUGACAUUCCACUAAAUUCCCAUAAUUCAUGUUUGAAAUCUUAUGGUGAAUAUAUAUCCCAGUUCGAAGACAUUGUGCACAAACAAGGACUGGAAAUGGCUCAGCUUAGACAACAGCAAUUUGACUCUGAAAAUCAAAUAGCUAUAGUCAAUCAGAACUGCAAAUCACUUGAAGCCAACUUGGAUCUUUAUAAACAAAAGUACCAAUCUUGUGUUAACAAAAUGACAGAGCUGGAAAAUGCAAAGCAACAACUGGAGGCAGACUUACAAGAUGCAAACAAACGGCUUUGUAGUCACGAUGAGACUCAUCACAAGCUACAAAAUGAGAUGCUUACAGUGAAGCAUCAAUGUGAAACCAAGUGCAGACAAGUGGAGAACUGUGAGGAUGCAAUUGAUCAUUUGACCCAACAGCUACAGGCUGCACAAGAAGAUCUGUCUGCUCACAGAGUACAUAUUGCCCAGUGUGAGGAGAUCAUUCGUAGUCUUCGGGAGCAGGCUGCUGUUCAUCACAAUGAGACUGCUGGUUGGGAAGAAAAUGUAGUAAAACUCCAAGCAGAUUUUGCUUCCUACAAAGCCACACACAGUCACGCUGAUGCAGAGUACGAUUUCCAGAUUGCUCACCUUGAACAACUAAAGAAGGAUUUUGCCCAAGCCAAUACUCAGAACUCUGAACGUUUGCAGGAAAUCAAAAAAUACCAAGAAACAGUGCAUAAAAUGAACCUGCACUUAACUACUGUAACCGAUCAAAAGGAUAAUGAGAUUACACAUUUGGAGAAAUUUGCCCAAAGCUUGCAACUGGACAAGGCAUCUGAUUUACAAAAACACCAAAUGGAGACAGCCAAACUGGGACAGCAGAUUAUGAAACUGGAAAAUGAUCUCCACAACUGUCAAAAACUAUACACCCAACAAGAACAGGCAAUACAGAAGAGAGAUGACCUCUUGAGAAAGUCCGAAGCAGACCUGCUCCAGGCUCGUGAUAGUAUCAAAGGGAAGGUAAGAGAAAUUGAGAAGCAAGGCAGCGUGGUGAAAGCUCUAACGAUGGAUCUUCAGAGGCUGGAAAAGGAAAUGCAGCAAAAGCAAAAUGAUAACAAUUCCAUCAAGACCGAGAGAGAGCAACUGAAACAGGAUCUACAAAAGACCAACAAACAAUGUAGAGAAUUAGUGCAAGAGCUGGCACACCAAGAGGAGAAACUUUUAUUGAUGGGGAACAGCCUGCAAACCACACAGGAUCAAGUCCGUGAUCGUAUUGCAGAAGCAGUACGACAUGAACAAGCAAAUCGGAAACUACAGUCGGAACUCAAAGCACUGAAAGAACAGACAAUUAACCAAAAAGAGAAGGAAGAUUACAGGACACAGAUUGAAAAACUCAAAGCUGAGAAUGCCCAGCAUAAACAGAGUCAUGAAAAUGCAGUCAGGGAAGGACUAAUGCAUCAGCAAUCAAUUUACAAGAUGGAGAUAGAAGUCAAUAGCAGCAGAGAACACAUUAAAAUGUUACAAGACCAGAUUCAACAGAGAGAGGAGGAGCGUGACCAAUUUCAAGAAGAAUUAAAAAUAGGACAGACCAGACAACAGGAGUUACAAAGGCACUUACAGAAAAUGAACGACCAAGUGGGAGAGCUAGAAAAAGAAAUUGAAGAUCGGAAUGCAAAGUUUAAAGUCAAUGUACUAGUAGUAAGUGGAGACUAUUAA